CGUCGCCUUCGCUUCUAUAGAUGCUGCAGUCGCUCUCGCCCCCCAACAGGCGGAAAAACGACAGUGCAGCGUGUGCCGUGCGGGCGAGAGUUGGUGCGGUGAGGCAGCGCAGCUCCCGGUGGACAAAGGAGGGGUGGUGGUCCGGGUGCGCUGCUAUGCCAUGGCUGCAAAACAAGCGUGCUUACCUAAUGCCCUCGCCCUGCCAGGCCGCGCUGUGAGGGUCCUUUGCGGCCCUCGCUGUUUUCGCUGCGUGCUCACCAAAACCUCGCAGUGUAGACCGCCCAUACAACUCUGGCCUGCAAAACCUUUGGUGAGUCGUCCCCGCCUGCAAAUGCCAAAGUCGCUUCAUCACCAGCACCCCUUUUCGCAACAACACCCUUUUUGCACGCGUUUUCCCGCCCUAUUUCGCCCUUCUACUGCUCUCCCAGCCCUCUUUCUGCAUUUCUGGCGACACCUUCGCAUUCCAUUUCUUUCGUCGUCGCCAUCACCGCGCCCACUAUCCACGCCCAUCCCAUACUGACCGCAAAACAGACCUUUAUCAACCCCUUCGAUUUUGCUGAAUCCGGCAACUUUGGUGAGUAC